UUAAACUUGAUCAUAACCUCACAUAAAACAUCUGUUUUGGUCUGACUUUCGGCAUGUUUUUAGUUUCAAUCAUCUUUAAUUCAAAGUUAAUUAAAUCGUGUUAGUGUUAUUAAUCUUUUGUUUUGUGGUUUUUGACAAUGAUGAAUGAAUAUAUUUAUGAAAAAUUAACUAGUGUAACCGUCACUGUCGUCGCCUCAUUAUACAGUCAUUAAAAUGUAUAAAACUUCAUAAAGAUGUCCAGCAAAUUCUCCUUUUUAGAAAGAAUUCGUUCCCUUGCCAUAGUGUCAUUGGGAGGAUUUGGCGUUUUUGCUGCUUUUAGUAUAUACAAUGAAAACGAGAAGUUUUACAAACAGUUUGUACUUCCUGCAGUUUACAUCUUACAACCGGAGCAAGCCCACAAUUUGGCAGUAUUUGUAAAUAAACAUUCUCUCCUACCGCAAAGUUCUUUCAAGGAUCCUGAUGCCCUUAAAGUGAAACUCUUUGGAAAAGUGCUAUCAAAUCCUGUGGGAAUUGCUGCUGGUUAUGACAAACACGGUGAAGCAGUGAAAGGAUUGGAGAAGAUGGGGUUUGGAUUUGUUGAAGUUGGUUCUGUAACACCUGCUCCACAGCCUGGGAAUAAGAGACCCAGGCUUUUUAGACUUUUGGACGAUCAGGCGAUUAUAAACAGGUAUGGGUUCAACAGUGAAGGACAUGAACGGGUUUACAAAAGACUGGCAGAUGUGAGAUUUGCACAACAACAUAAUGGAGUUGUUGGUGUUAAUUUGGGCAAAAACAAGAGAAGUGCUGAUCCUGCAGAGGACUAUGUACAAGGAGUGAAAACAUUCGCCCAUGUUGCUGAUUAUUUGGUGGUGAACAUAAGCAGUCCAAACACGCCAGGAUUAACUCAACUACAAGAGAAACAGCAGCUGAAGAACUUACUGCGCAAAGUUGUCGCAGCGAGGAACAAAUUGCCAGCAGAGCACAAACCUCCCAUCUUACUCAAGCUGUCCCCUGAUUUAACAUCUGAAGAAUUACAAGACGUAGUCGAAGUGGUCAGGCAGAAAGAUACCCACGUUGACGGCUUCAUCGUUGCCAAUACCACCGUCAAGAGGCCUCACACUUUGAAGUCAUUCCAUUAUAAGAAAGAGCAAGGUGGUCUGAGUGGUCUACCCCUAAAGGAUGCAUCGACCAAAAUGAUCGCCGACGUUUACAGACUUACAAAUGGCAUGGAUAUUAUUGGUGUUGGGGGUAUCUAUAAUGGUAAAGACGCUUACGAUAAAAUAAGAGCGGGCGCUAAAGCAGUGCAAAUUUACACGUCUCUGGUAUACGAAGGACCAACGGUGGUAACAAAAAUUAAGCAGGAACUCGUGGAAUUAUUGCGGGCCGAUGGUUAUAAAAAUGUGACCGAGGCUGUGGGUGCUGACGUCUAUAAACGUCAGCCGAAAUGGAGCUUUUAAUGAUUAUUAGGAACGCUCAAAAUCAUGGCAUAUCAGAUAUUUGAAAUGUUAUACCCAUAAGAGCAGGAAAGAAGUCUUUGUUUUUUUUUUAAUAUUAUCAUGUAAUGGGUUCCCAUACCCCUUUUAUCCCCUACUUAUUUGAUGUACAUUUUUUUGUUAACGCUUAUACACAUUCAUAUUUUGCAAUAAUUAUAGGUCCACAAGAAAAUAAACUUAUCGCAUUGCAUAAUA